AUGCACACAGAGGAAACAUUCGACUUCAUCAUAGUCGGAGCAGGCGUUGCGGGCUGCGUCUUAGCAAGUCGAAUCUCGCAAAGUCGUCCCGACUUACGCAUCCUGCUCAUUGAAGCAGGCAUCGAGAAAGAUGAUCGGACAUCUGCCGCAAUGGGCUUCGUGGCAGGGUUCGACUCAGAUCUCGAAUGGAAUCUUCGCUCGGUGCCGCAGGAGCGCGCUUUCGGAGGUGAUACGGUUUGUUUGGCCUCUGGCAAGAUUGUCGGAGGAGGGUCGGGGGUUAAUUAUCAGGUGUAUACGCGGGGCCCGGCUGUUGAUUAUGACCAAUGGGCAGAUUUAGUUCAAGACCGGAGAUGGUCGUGGAAUGGUCUUCUGCCAUAUUUUAAGCGGGUCGAGACAUGGUACCCUUCUGUGGAGAUGAAGAAGAGAGGUCUUCUCACGAUUGAUUCUCAUGGAGAUCGUGGACCGAUCAAGGUCAGUCAUGCGACGAAUAGUGGCAAGCCACGCAAUUAUCCGUUGCGGGAGAAGAGUCGCAGAUUUCACGAAUUUCUCGGUCGCAAGCAGGCAGACGAUAUGAAUAGUGGAGAGCAGCUGGGGUAUUCGGAGGCUUUCAGUUCCUCCUAUGCAGGACUGAGGAGCUUUGCGAGUAGCUACCCUUUGGGGAGCAAUGUCACUCUCUGGACGAAAGCAACGGUGGAGAGACUCAUCAUGACCGGAAGGACUGCGGAAGGCGUCGUUGUUGCGCGAGCAGUGGGAGAUCAGAUUGAGCGUGUCCAGGUCAGGGCUCGAAAAGAAGUGAUUCUGUCGGCAGGAGCAUAUGGAUCACCCAAAAUACUUUUACUCAGCGGCAUCGGCCCAGCAGCAGAGCUGAAGCGACACAACAUCACCCCGGUCGCAGACCUCCCCGUGGGGAAGAACUAUGCUGACCAUCCGCAUAUAUUCACUUACUGGACGAUCGACGAGUGCAAUGCUACCCUAGGUGACGGGGAAAUGGAGACCGAUCAAGUCCAUUGGCUAGCGGGCUUGCCAUACGAUUGGAUGUCCUUUGCGCCUGCAGACACGAAAACGCAAGAGAUAGCCAAGAAAAUACUGAGCCCAACUGAGCGAAGUCGGUACUUGGCUGACGGGAAGAUGCAACUCGAAAAUUUUAUCGUCUACACCGCCGUCGACACGUCCGCUCGCAAGAAACCCCUCGAAGGCUGGCCCGGUAAGCGCGUCAUCAGCCUCAUGCACGUUCUCGUCGACUCGGUGUCACGGGGUACUCUCACGCUGCGCUCAUCUGACCCUGCUGACGCACCCGUGCUCGAUCCCAAACUCCUUGCGUCCCCGAUUGACCGAUCAGCGUUGUAUGAGAAUGUGCGGGAGACUGCGCGAGCCAUCCAGGCCGUUGAGGGUCUCAAUGCUGUUGAGUUCGGUGUGGAUGAUUUUCUCCGGGAUAACUGGUCUAAUGAGGCGAUCGAGGUCCGGGCGAAUCGGAGUGGUGGUAGCACCUAUCACUACUCAGGGACUUGUGCGAUGGGAGAAGUUGUGGACACUGAGUGUCGAGUCUAUCAGGCUGAGCGACUGAGGGUUGUGGACUCGGGCAUUAUUCCGCUCCCGUUGGCGGCGCAUUAUCAGGCGCCUACAUAUGGUAUUGCUGAACAGGCCGCAGACAUGAUUCUUUCCGCAGUAGCUUGA